GAACACGAGGAUAUGCCAGACGCCCCUGUAUCAGUGUUGACAGACAUCACAUUUGAUGGAGCUGACUAUCAGGACAUGAAGCACAAUCGUGAAUUGGCUGUCAGGACACAACAGAUGAUUGUUUGGUUGAUUAGAACCGCAUGCAGGCGUUGGACUGGUUAUGACAGUGUUGCCAGUAUCAUGGAUCUUCAGCAAGGCAGUGUUGUCUUCCAGAUCCAGUUUGACUUCCCCAAUGCAGCUGCUGCAAAGCUGUUCAAGCAGGGGAUUGCUCCCAGUGCAUCCUUCAUUUUCCAAGGGAGCUUAGCACUGCUGGCACUCAGGCCUCAUUCGAAAAUUGUCAUACUCAAAGAAUGGGCAGCUGCAGAUGCUCAGGCGUACGAGCUAGGAAACCAACUGCAGCAGACUGUGCACGACAUAGGACAGGUUGCAAACAUUGCAUACAACCACCGAAUGAUGGAUCUUCUCCAGAACAUGAUUGACAACAUGAAAAGAUCAACGUUCCACAUCCCUCCUAGUGAGAUUGAGAAGAGAGGCAGAGCUUGGAGGGAAGAUGCUGUUGUGUUGUUGCAUGAGUUGAAGAUGGCACUGCAAUUACUCAGGCAACACAAUGCUGUUGACCUUGCUCAUCUCUGCAGAGCUACAGAUGCAUCGGCAGCUGUGAAGAAAACCCUUUCAGCACUGUGUUUGUUCGCCCACAAUUGGAAUGUGCCCUUUCCUGUGCAUUUUUCCGAUGACCUCCAUGCAGAGGUUGUGGAAUUGGAUACACACGACUUGAACGAUGCUCUUGCCUAUGUCUUCAAAGGCAAGACGAUGCGAUUCGAAGGGGCGUGGGAGCAAUGCCGGAAUGCAUGGGAAGAGGCAAAGCGUGAUUUUGAGAUGAAGAGAAGUGCCCUCCCAGUGAUUCCCACUGAAGCGAUCAAAUGGGUGUCUCUCAUAGCUGAAGAUGUGCAUGAGAUCGAAUGGACACAGGCCCCUGGCGACAGUGCUCACAUGCUGGCAUACUGUGUUGCCCCAAGUAGCGGAGAGGACAUGGACCUUGGAAACUUCGCAGAGCUGUACAUGGAGGCGCACGAUCAGUCGCAUGUGGAUCCUGAGUUUGUGGUCCAGCUGCGUGGGGUAACACAAUCAGGAGCAAUUGUGACAGAUAAGGCAGACGGGAAUUUGAUGGCCUGGUACCAGGCACUUCCAAAGGCUCAGGCUGAAAGCACACUGGCUUUAAAAAUUGGGGUCCUUGCCCAGGCUGCAAGGUCUCUGCACGGCAUGCACAGCUGUGGCAUAGUUGUGGGCGAGGUGAAGAGCACUAAGUUUCUGGUCUUCCAGGGAGAUGGGAAAGAAUGCAUCGUCAAGGCUGCUGUGCCGAUGCUUGAAGACUGGAGCGUGAAAAGCUGCCUGUCUACCAAGACUGGUCGUUGGCUUGCAAGAGAAUUGUACGAAGGGAAGACACCAAGCCGAAAGUCUGAUGUUUUUGGCUUUGGUGUGAUGAUGUACGAGGUGUUGAUGGAGGAGGUGCCCUAUGGAGAGGACACAACUGAGGCAGGGAUCCUGGAGGCAAAGCUGACAGGAACGGAGCCUCAUCGUCUUCCGCUCGACCUAAAGAUGCAGUUGCCUGGUGGGCUGUUGGAGAUCAUGCAAAAGUGCUGCUCCUACUAUCCGGAAGACAGGCCUGAAAUGAGUGAAGUGGGCAGCUGUUUGUCGAAGUGCUGCUCCUGCACUGAAGAAUACAGCAGUGAAACCAGUCGUGUGCUUAAGCAUGUGCCUGGGAUACCCUGGGUGGCUUGUGGAGCUCAGGCAGAUUUUGCAAGUGGGGAACAGGCAGGGCUGGAAGAGUCAGCAAGCAUAUUCGCGCAUGGAGACAAGACAGAAAUGAGUGAAUCGAACGAGAAGGUGGAUCCACUGGCUGCUGCCAGCACCAUAUUCAAGCAUGCACAACACAUAUUCAAGCUCGCCAAGGCUGCAACCACCAACACAGAGGAGUGUGAGGCAGUAUGGAGCCGAGUGGAACAGCUGCUGGAUGUUGUGAAGCGAAUUUGCCAGCAUCCUCAUCCACAGCAGCAAAGACUGGUCCACAACAUCGAGGCGGUGAUGGACACCGCAACGAGAGUUGUGGAAAAUUACUCCAACGUGAAAAGGGGCGUGCAGAGAGCAGUACAAAUUCUGAAAACUGUGCACAUUCAACGCCAAUUUGAAGAUGUCAAUGCAUCAUUGGACUCCAUGUUGCAAGAUCUGAAAGCAGCUUUGAGUGCUGGCACAGUGCUCAGCGUGCAGAGGAAAGUAGAGCGAAUGCAUGCCCCACUGCAAGGAUCGACGUUGAUGAGUCAGAUGGACGAAUAUGCAAGAUUGUUGACUCAACAACAUAUGCCAGAACACUAUGUGGGGUUGAGUGACAGGGUGAAGGCCUUAGUGAGCAUCCUGCAGACCACCAAGGCAACAGUGUUGGCGGUGGUAGGCAAAGGAGGGAUAGGCAAGACAACCUUGGCCAGAGCCGUGUACAACAAGAUAUCUAGCUCAAGGACAGUCAAGGUUGGCUGGGUUACAUUUGGCAAAAACCCGAAUUUUUCACAUUGCAGGGUGCUCUGGAACCGGUUGGGAUUGUCUGCCCGCAAAUCCAGGAGGUCACGAGCAAAAGAGGAGCUGAAGGAACUUGAGGAGCUGGAGGAACUUGAGAAGCUGCAGGAACGUGCCCUAUUGUUUGUGGAUGACAUAAGGACAGUGGGUGACUUGAAAAGGCUGAUGGAGGAACCAGCCAGAGUGAGGAGCAAACUGCUGGUGACAACAAGAGAUGUAGAGAUCGCAAGAAGGGUGAAUGCAGAAGCGUAUCAUGUUGAUGUACUGACCAAGGAUCUGUCUAUGCAACUCUUCUGCAGAUGCGCUUUUGGGGAACCCCAAAUUCCAACCAACAGAAGGGGAUAUUUGAAGGUCGUCAGUGACAUGGUCGCGGAGUGUGCACAACUUCCAUUGGCACUGGUGGUGGUUGGUUCCAUGGCAAAGGGGUACCUUGGAAUGGAGCAAUGGAGGUCAGGUGCCAAGAAACUGCAGCAGUCCAAGUCGUUGGGCACAGCACAUGACCGUGAUUUGUUGCAUGUCCUUGAGACAAGCUAUGACGAACUGGAUGAUGCACACAAGAGUUUCUUCUUCUGUCUGGUUGGCCACCCUGAGGGUGCCCGUGUGAGAGUGUCUGAUUUGGUUGAACAAUGGGCUGCUUGCCAGGUUGUUACCUGUCAUGGUCCAGACCCAGAUGAUGUGCUGCUUGAAGGCUAUGCGGUGUUCCUGCAGUUGGUGGAUCGCUCCCUCAUUUUGCAAGAGGGAUCAGGUCUGCUCUGCGACAUGUCUUGUCAUCUUCAUGACAUGCUUCAAACGCUGAAUUUGAAGUUCUGCCAUCGUGUGGUGGAACUCCCUGAGAGUGUUGGGUCGCUCAGCCAGCUUCAAAUGCUGAAUCUGACAAGCUGUCACAGCUUGCUUCAAACACUGAAUUUGGAGGACUACCAUCGUGUGGUGGGACUUCCCAAGAGUGUUGGGUCUCUUAGCCAGCUUUGA